AUCCAGCUUUAAUAUAACAUGCGUGAUAGCUGCAAUCAUUAAAUCUUUGUGGUGGACAACUUGUAAAGAGGUAUCCAUAUCUUCAUCCCUGCAGCAAUCUCUUCCAUUUUUAUUUUUUAUAAUUCUAAACUUUCUUAAGAGUUUUGCUUCGAUCGAGGGCAAGGACACUGUGAUGGCCGUAGGAGAGUAUGAACGUACACUAGAGGAAACGCCAACAUGGGCUGUUGCGGUGGUGUGCUUCGUGUUGGUUCUUAUUUCUAUCUUCGUUGAACAUAUUAUUCAUAUCAUUGCAAAGUGGCUAAAAAACAAACACAAAAGAGCUCUCUAUGAAGCCCUUGAAAAGAUCAAAGGAGAGCUUAUGAUAAUGGGAUUCAUAUCCUUGCUCCUAAUAAUGCUUCAAACACCCAUUACUAAUAUAUGCAUACCCAAGAGUGUUGGAGCCACUUGGCACCCUUGUAAAAAGGGUGACAAGAGUAGUAGCGCAUACACAGAAUCCCAGAAUGAAGGACGGAAAUUACUCCAAAUUUUGGAUUCUGACUUCGGUUCGCGAAGAAUGUUAGCUGCAAAAGUAAUUGACAAAUGCACAACAAAGGGUAAAGUGGCCUUGGUAUCUGCAUAUGGGAUUCACGAGCUUCAUGUAUUCAUUUUUCUGUUAGCUGUUGUUCAUGUGCUCUACUGCAUCAUCACCUUGGCUUUGGGUAGAACUAAGAUGAUAAAAUGGAAGGUUUGGGAGGACGAAUCAAAGACACUUGAAUACCAAUACUAUAACGAUCCAGAGAGGUUUAGGUUUGCAAGAGAUACAACAUUUGGGCGAAGACAUUUGAACUUUUGGAGCAAGUCACCAAUUUUACUUUGGAUUGUGUGUUUCUUCCGACAAUUCUUUACCUCAGUUACCAAGGUUGAUUACCUUACACUGAGACAUGGAUUUAUCAUGGCACAUUUGGCACCUGAAAGUGAAACAAAAUUCGAUUUCCAAAAAUAUAUUAGCAGAUCACUUGAAGAGGAUUUCGUAGUUGUGGUGGGGAUCAGUCCAAUCGUAUGGUUCUUUGCUGUGUUAUUCCUACUGUCCAACACAUAUGGAUUGAAUUCUUAUUUAUGGCUACCAUUUCUCCCAUUAAUUGUAAUACUCUUGGUGGGGACAAAGCUACUAGUGAUAAUUACAAAAAUGGGGCUAAGCAUUCAAGAUAGAGGUGCUGUGGUUAGGGGUGCACCUGUGGUGCAGCCAGGUGAUGACCUCUUCUGGUUUGGUCGCCCCAAGUUCAUUCUCUUUCUCAUUCACUUGGUUCUUUUUCAGAAUGCAUUUCAAUUGGCCUUCUUUGCUUGGAGUACGUAUGAGUUUGGCUUAAGGAAUUGCUUCCAUAGGCGCACUGCAGAUAUUGUCAUUAGAAUCUCAAUGGGGGUCGUCAUACAAUUUCUAUGCAGUUAUGUGACUUUGCCUCUCUAUGCUUUGGUGACUCAGAUGGGAUCUACCAUGAAACCCACCAUUUUUAAUGAUAAAGUGGCAACAGCAUUGAAAAAUUGGCACCGCACAGCCAAAAAGAACACUAAGCAUAGCAAUCAUUCUGAGAGUACUACACCCUUUACAAGUAGGCCAGCAACUCCAACACAUGGCAUGUCCCCGGUACACCUCUUGCACAACUAUCACCAUAGCAGCCUUGAUAGCACGCAUGCAUCUCCAACAAGGUUUAAUGUCGAAAAUGAUUAUUCGGACAUAGAAGAAGUGCCAUCCCCAAGUAACAAAAGUGGACCCAAUGAGGAUCACUUUAGUAGGCAUUCCGAGCUGCAAGAGAGGCCAGCAAUUCAAGAUCCUAGCUCAAUGCAAUUGCCUCCAGCUCCAGGACCCAUUCGUAAUCAACAUGAAAUCAACAUUGGUUCAUCGGAUUUCUCCUUUAGCAAAUGAAUAAGCCAAUGGAGAUUGGAUCAUAGGAGACUGUUACAUACUUGUGCAUUUUUUGUACAUGACAGAUUGUUGGCACUUGUGCACCAGUAGUGGCAAGGAUGAUUCAAGCAUUUGUAAUUAGGAUUGGCAGUUUUUUUUUUUUUUUUUUUUUCGAGGGCUUGAGGCAUCGUGAAUAAUACUUUUCUUUUUACAAGCGAAAAAA